AUGACGACGCCCACGCCCACGCCCGUCACGGCGCCCAUCACGGGCCCGCAGUCCGUCUCGGUGGCGCCCGUCCCGGCGCCCUCGCCCAGCCUGAUUGAAAAGUACCGCGGCGCGACGGUCGAGGACCUGCAGGUCCCGCCGGCCAUCUCGCUGCCGCGCUCCACGAGCAUCGCCAACGCGCUGCGCACCGCCAUGGACCACGACUACAGCCAGAUCCCGCUGGUCAGCGAUCGCGACCGCAAGCUGCUGGGCUACGUCGAGCUGAGCAACCUCCAGGCGCACUCCCAGAGCGGCGCCGCCGCCGGUAGCGACCCCGUCGGCAAAAUCAUGAACCGCUUCACCACGGGCAAGGGCGGAUCCAACGGCGGCACCUACACCGUCAUCACCCCCGACACGGGCCUGGCCGAGCUCGAGGUGUUUCUGCAGAACCACCCGUUCGCCUUUAUCACCGACCCGGGCAGGGCGUUUGUGCUGGGCGUAGCGACGCAGGAGGACCUCUCCAAGUACGUCUCCCGACGUGGGCUCGACCCUAGCAGGUCGGGAGCCGCGACGCCCACCAACAACCACAACGGGGCCGUGCCCGAGUCGGGCCAGGCGGGGGCCGAGGACGUGGCCGGUGCGAGCGUCCAGGCGCCCGGCGCUUCCGCAUCGCAGCAGCCGCAGCAGCCGCAGCAGCAGCAGCACACCAUGACGAGGAGAGAAGAGGAGGAGGCGAGAAAGGACCGCACGCUCGCCGAGUUCCUGCGCAUGCUCGACGGCUACACGCCCCUGAUACCCGACGAGGUGACGGACCACUACCUCGAAAAGGUCGGCUUCGAGUGUCACGACGUCAGGCUCAAGAGGCUCUUGUCGCUCGCAGCAGAAAAAUUUGUCAGCGACAUUGCGGCCGAUGCGUUCCAGUACGCCAGGAUCCGGACCAACGCCGGUCCGGGAGGCAGGCCUCGCGGACAGGCUCCGGGCGCGGCGGGUGCGGCGGCAUCCGGUGCUGCUGGUGGUAGGGAUCGAUCGCGGACCGUUCUCACGAUGGACGAUCUGAGUGCGGCGCUGGGCGAGUACGGCAUCAAUGCCAGGAGGGCCGAGUACUACCGCUGA